AUGGCAUGCACUGAAGAAGAGUUUAUGGAGAUAUUGGGUACAGAGGUGUACAUUGAUAUGAAUAAGUUGACGGCAGUGUCAAGACAUGGUAUACCUGAACGUGUUAGAGCAGAGGUUUGGAAGUACUUGUUGGGUAUAUCAAAGAAUGACAAGUCAGAGGAGGAGCGUGUCAAGAGUCAACAACAACAAGAGUAUAAAGAGAUAGAUAAGAAUGAUUCGGAGAUUACGAAAAGGAUAAGGAAUCAUCUAAAGAGAUAUCAGAUACAUAGUAAACAACAACAGGAAUCAAGAGUAAAGUUUGAUUUACAAUCUGUUGAGAAUAGGAACAAGAUAGAGAAUAUCAUUAUAUCUUAUAUCAACUAUAAUAAUGAUAUAGAGUAUAACUUUGGUAUGCUGGCUAUAUUGGGUCCAUUCAUGUGUACGUUGCAGUCAGAGAGUGAGACAUUCUACUGCUAUGUAUCAAUGAUGAAGCGUAUCGAAGAGAACCUCGCUCAGGAUAGCAUCACUACCAAACUGUCCAGAUUCAUGAUGUACUUUAGAUCACUCAUUCCUGAACUGUUCAAUCACUUUGAGGAGGAGGAGAUCAAUAGCAAUGACUGGGCCAUGAGUUGGCUUCAGUAUCUGCUCAGUGUUGAGCUGCCUUUGGAGUGUGUGCUUCGUCUUUGGGACACAUAUCUGUCGGCACAGCUUGGUCUUGAUCUUCACAUAUUCGUAUGUUUAGCCAUCCUAAUGAACUUUUCCGAAGAGCUACUCGAACUUGAGCACUCUGAGAUACUUGGAUUCCUCCAACAUCUUCCAGGCAUUGACAUGGAUCAGAUCAUUGCACAGGCAUACAACAUUAGAGAUGAUAUUAGAGCCAAUAGCGAGAUAUGA